GUCUGCCGGCUCUUCCGACGGCCUGCUGCACCGCCGCCCCGACCUCUUCGUCAGCGGAUUGAGGGCGGCUCGCGAUCGAGGCAGCCAGGAACACGCGCAACGACAUGAGGGGCGGCUGGCGAUUGCGAUUCGCCGCUUACCAUCUUCUCGAGGAUGGGGGAAGAAAUGCUGGAUCUGGCUGCCGGUCGGGGGUGGCCUUGGCAGCGCCGUGUGGGCAACGAGGGGGUUGGGAAUCGUCCGAAGCGCCGCAGCGCUGCAUCGGGGCGGGGCACACGCUUCGAUUCGAUCCCGACAAAGAGUUGGGCGGCAAGCCGAUUAAAGAGGUGUCGAACGAGAUUGCGUACGACAACUGGGCGGUCACGUGGGGCCGCGACUUCGAGGAGAGAGAGACGACCGUGCAGGUGGGGAAUGACUACGGCUACGUGGGUGUGGGUGUCGGCCUCGAAGACCGAGAGGCAUCGACCGACGUCGGGUUCGGGAAGGCCCAGUUGUCCGUGUCGACCGACGAAUCGGGCAUUCAAGGCGGUGUGGGCGUCUUCUACGGCCCGUACGGUGAGAGAGUCGACCGUGACUUCGACGACGCCCAGACAGCUGUGGAGGUGGCCGUGCGGCAUGGCUUCGACGACGUGCAGGACCGUUCGACCAACGACGAUGAGGAGCUGGCCACCGAGGUGUUUGUGGGCUGGAAGAGCACCUCACUCGCCGUCGGUGCGGACGUCAACGACACCGAGUACGCCGUCAGCGUCGGCACACUGGGGAGGCACUUCUCCGUGCUCAGAGAGUUUGACGAAAGAGAGACUGACUUUCAAUGUGAGCAGUGACAGACAUCAACGCAUUUAGACAAGACGUUAGCUUGUUGCUGCGUUUCUCCACUCAGCCAACUGGUGCUCAACGGCGAUUUCCCCGACGAUGACCCCGACGGAAGCCCGGGGAUAUUCGGCCAAGUAGGCUUCGGCCGGCUGGGCAAGGUCUACGCCCAGAUCGGUGCCGGUGUGGGCGACGACGGCGUUCCCCAGGGGUCCGCCGAGGUGGAGACGAGCAGUGUGGGUGUUGGUGUGGACUUCCUCUACUCCAUCACCGUGGACAACUUCACCUACGUGUGGGAGAGUGGGAUUCUUCCUGACAACAUCCUCGUCCCCGACUUUGCCGCCAUCCUGGGCAUCGAAAACGUCGGCGAGAUUGCUUCAGACGUCCUGGGAGUCACUGUGCCGUCACCCUGAGCAGAG